AUGGGGGCAUCAUACCACAACGGCAGACCCGCCCUUCCAACAACCCUGCCACCGUUAGCCAGCCCUUCCAACAACCCUGCCACCGUAGCCAGCCCUUCCAACAACCCUGCCACCGUAGCCACCCUUCCAACAACCCUCCCAAACCGUACCAGCCCUUCCAACAACCCUGCCACCCGUAGCCACCCUUCCAACAAACCUGCCACCGUAGCCAGCCCUUCCAACAACCCUGCCACCCAGCCCUUUUCCGACAACCUGCCACCGUGGGCCAGCCCUUCCGACAACCCUCCCACCGUAGCCAGCCCUUCCAACAACCCGGCCACCGUAGCCAGCCCUUCCAACAACCCUGCCACCCCUGACAUCUCCACUGGCACUCCUGCCAACCUCGUCCUCCCUAGGUAG